AUGUCAACCUCAGCCGUAGCAAAGAAGCUCGUAGUGUGCGGCGGAAACGGCUUCCUUGGUUCGAGAAUCUGCAAGUAUGCCGUCGCCAGGGGCUGGGAUGUCACGUCCAUCAGCCGCUCAGGCGAGCCCAAAUGGUCCGCCGUGACUGCAUCACCAUCCCCUCCCCAAUGGUCACACAAAGUCUCCUGGGAGCGCGCCGACAUGCUCAGCCCGGUAACCUACGCCCCCCUCCUCAAGGGCGCAGACUUCGUCGUCCACAGCAUGGGCAUCCUCCUCGAAGCAGACUACAAGGGCGUCGUCUCAGGUCAGGAGUCCCCCGUCUCGGGCUUGCAAAAGGCCUUUGCCCCCGUCAAAGACCGCGGCGUCGACCCCUUAAAGACCUCCGCCGAGCCGGGCGCAGCCGGAGCGGAUCUCAAGCCGGCCAACCCGAAAGACCAGUUCUCUUACGAGGUCAUGAACCGCGACAGCGCCAUCGCCCUCGCCAAGCAAGCCAACGCCGAAGAGGCCAAAGCCUUCGUCUACGUCUCCGCCGCCGGCGGGGCGCCUGUCCUACCCGCGCGGUACAUCACCACCAAGCGCGAGGCCGAGAGCACCAUCGCCAGCGAGUUCCCGCGCAUGCGGGGCAUCUUCCCGCGCCCGCCCUUCAUGUACGAUAGCUCGAGGAAGUUCACGCUGCCCUUAGCUGCCAUGACGGGUGCGGGUGCACUGUUCAACAGGUUGACUGGUGGCGUGUUGAGCGGGUUCAUGGGCGCGAGCGGCGUGAAGCCUCUACCGGUUGAGACUGUCGCCGAAGCAGUAGUGGAAGCACUUGAUGAUGUCAAGGUUCAGGGCCCGAUUGAGGUUCCUGAGCUUGAGGAGUUGGCGACCAAAGGCUGGAGGAAAACCAUGCUCUGA